AUGUACAAAUCUACCUUGAAACACGCUCUCAGAAAAUCGAGCACAGUAGCAACAGUCAAUUCGCUAUCAAACUUCGAAGCAGGCUCGAGAAUUUUCUCCCUAAUUCAACCAACCGGAGCCGUCCAUCUUGGAAACUACUUAGGUGCACUCAAAAAUUGGAAAGAUAUCCUAAAAAAUGUCCCUGAAGGAACAGAGUGCCUCUUCGGAACGGCUGAUUUGCAUUCUUUGACUCAAACUCCAAAAGCAGAGACUCUUCACGAGAAUAGAUAUGGCGCCAUAGCCGCAAUUAUAGCCUCAGGUGUGGAUCCGAAGAAAUGCACAUUAUUCCACCAAUCUAGUGUUCCAGAACAUGCCGAGUUAUACUGGAUCUUUACAUGUAUCACAAGUAUCGGUGCAUUGAACAGAAUGACUCAAUGGAAGCUGAAACUGCUGGUAUCUGACGCUAGUGACAUUUUCGAUGAGAAGGUGAUGGGCCAGACAAAGGCUGGCGUCUUGCAGUAUCCAGUUCUACAAGCGGCUGAUAUUUUGAUAUAUAAUGCGACCCAUGUGCCUGUGGGCGAAGAUCAAUCUCAGCAUUUGGAGUUGACUCGGAGCAUUGCACAAACAUUCAACCAUACCUACGGGAAGUAUUUUACUCUUCCUCGCACCAUUCUCACUCCUACAAAGAAGAUUUUGGCCUUGAGAAAUCCAGCGAAAAAGAUGUCAAAGUCAGACGCCGAUCAGUCGUCAUCGAUUUACUUGAACGAUGACGCUGCCACUAUUGCACGUAAAUUCAAGAAGGCCGUUACUGAUUCUAUUCAGGGACCGGUCACUUUUGACCCGGAAACCCGUCCUGGAGUGGCUAAUAUAGUGAGCAUCAUUUCGGCAAUCCAAGACAAAUCUGUAGAGGAGACCGUUUCUGACUUAUCCUGGGUCCAGAACCACAAGCAAUUGAAAGAUUACGUCACGGAGGUAGUUGUAGAGGAAUUCAAGGACAAAUCAGACCUCUAUAACAGACUCAUAAAUGACAAGGCAUACAUUGACGAGAUCUGUUCGAACGGUAAGGAGCAAGCGCGUGAAAUUGCCUCGAAGAACCUUUUGGAAGUCAAACAACUCGUGGGAUUAGCAUAG